AUGUCUGAAUUUAUAGGCUCCCGCAUUUCCCUAAUCUCUAGGAGUGACAUUCGUUACGUCGGUAUUCUUCAUGAUAUCAACUCGGAGAAGCAUACAGUUGCCUUAGAGCAAGUCGUCUCUCACGGAACAGAAGGAAGGCGUGGCGACCCCACCAAGGAACUCGCUGGAUCCGACAAUGUCUACGAAUAUAUCGUCUUUCGUGGUGGAGAUGUGAAGGAUUUGAGAAUUGAGGAAGCGGCACAGAAACCUAAACCACCGCCACAGGUGCUUGAUGACCCUGCUAUUCUUGGAACAUCAAAUCGUCCCCCACCUUACCCAGCCCAGGGUCAGCAAACUGGUCAAUACCAGCCGCCUAUGCCCUCAUAUUACUACCCACCCCCACCACAAAACCAAGGUCGCUUUGGUCCGAGCCCAUACCAGGCACCUAUGUAUGGAGCGUAUCCCCCACCUCCUGGGCAACAAGGAAUGGGCCAGGCUCCUCCUGGAGCUCCGCAGCAGCAACCGCAACCGCCUGUGCCACAGCAGCAGCCCCAACAGCCCCCACAAGUGGCUCAGCAGCAACAGCAACCACCGCAACAGCAACAGGCACCGCAGCAGCAGCAGCAACAGCAGCCUCAGCAACAACAGCAGCCUCAACAGCAAGCACCGCAGCAGCAGGUUGCUAGGCCGCCACCAAACGGACCUGCUACUGGCCGCCAGCAACAGUUUCAGCAGCAGCAGCAAUCAGGCGCCACACCUGCACAGCAACAGCCCCAAGGCCCCGCUGCCCAGAAACCGCAAGCUCAAGCUUCCCAGCAAUCCGCUCAAGCACCUUCGGUUGACCCCCCAGCGUAUGAAGCUACAAACCAGUCUAGUACUUCUGCCCAAGCAAUUGCUACCGCUCAGGCAUCCAACAAAACCCCAACUGGUCCUAAAAAUCACGGUGGAAUUGUUCCAGCGCUUCCUUUGCCGGGCAUGAGAGCAUCGCGUCCCUCAGCUUCCCCCCCCACUCAGUCCAACCAGACCGACAAUGAUCCAUUGAACCAAUCCUCUACACCGGCUCAGCCAACUGAUACCUCCGCUGCUGUUCAAGACCUAGCCAACAAGGUUAAUCAGUUGGCGAUGAGAGCUACGCCCCCAGUUACAUCCGGAAGCCCACAUCCUACGGCCAUUGCUAACCCGACUCCUGGAGUUGGAACUUACAACAACUCUCGCCAGCCCGGCAUGGGGGGCUUUGUUGCAAACCGUGGUAACAGGGGCAACCGUGGCGGAUUUAACAACCAGCAGCCUCGUAAAGUGGAGGUUCCCUCUACAGAUUAUGAUUUCGAGGGUGCCAAUGCGAAAUUCAAUAAGCAGGAUCUAGUUAAGGAGGUGAUUGCCUCUGCAGAUGACGACAAGAAACCGGUUUCAAGUCCUGUCACCAACGGUGCCAAUGGAAACGCGGAAGACGACGAAGAAAUUAUUAUUCCCCCAGGCGGUGGGGGGUAUUAUAACCGUGGCAGCAGCUUCUUCGACAAUAUCUCGUGCGAGAACAAAGAGCGUGCCGAGGCAAAGGAGGGCGAACGACCAAGGGGUGGAGCUGUUUGGAGGGGCGAGGAACAGAAGAAGAAUCUUGAAACCUUUGGUCAAGGAAGCGUUGACGGUGGAUCCGGGCAUUAUGGCCGCGGUGGAUGGAAUAGGGGCAGAGGCAGAGGUAGAGGCUUCCGUGGAAGAGGGUAUGGAUACAGAGGGGGGAAUAGAGGCUCCUCGCAGCCGCAGGGCAAUUCUGUGGCCGGAGCUAAUUAA